UGACUACGUCACAGGCCGCCAUUUUAGCACACGGGUCAGGGUAUUUGUCGUUGUGUCGGGGUCUUUUUCAAGAUAAUAGAAUAGUCACACUAAUCCAGAGAGUUAGCUGUACCGGGUUACUCAGUCGUGAAAAAAAAUGCAGGUAGAGCACCAACAGACCGAUUUCAGCACGGAUGAGAUUCCAGAGGGAUCUAAAAUCAACGCGAGUAAAAACCAGCAGGAUGACGGGAAGAUGUUUAUUGGUGGUCUGAGCUGGGACACCAGCAAGCAAGACCUGAAAGACUACCUGUCUAAGUUUGGAGAGGUGGUGGAUUGUACCAUCAAAACCGAUCCGAUUACUGGCCGAUCCAGAGGUUUUGGGUUCGUGCUCUUCAAAGAUGCACAGAGUGUCGACAGAGUUCUGGAGCUGAAGGAGCACAAACUGGAUGGUAAACUGAUUGAUCCAAAACGAGCCAAAGCCAUAAAGGGGAAGGAGCCUCCCAAAAAAGUCUUUGUUGGAGGUCUUCGUCCAGAAACAACAGAGGAACAAAUUCGGGAAUAUUUUGGAUCCUUUGGAGAUAUUGAAAACAUCGAACUCCCUGUGGACAGCAACACAAAUGAGAGGCGAGGGUUUUGCUUUGUAACAUAUGUGGAUGAAGAACCUGUGACGAAGCUUUUGGAAAAUAGAUACCACAACGUGGGAGCAGGAAAGUGUGAAAUUAAAGUUGCCCAGCCCAAAGAGGUCUACAGACAGCAGCAGAACAGAAGCGACCGGGGAGGAAGAGGAGGAUUCAGAGGUCGUGGAAGAGGAGGACCAAGUCAGGGCUAUAACCAAGGCUAUGGCGGUUACUAUGGACAGAACUAUGGAGGGUACGGUAAUGGCUACAGCCAGGGCUAUAACGACUACUCUGGGUAUGACUAUACAGGCUACAACUACCAGAAUUAUGGAUAUGGACAAGGCUAUGAUGAUUACAGUGGUCAACAGAGCAACUAUGGCAAGGUCUCCCGGGAGGGUGGAAAUCAUCAGAACAACUACCAACCGUAUUGAUAAAGACUUGACCUGCCAGAAUUUACGUGGGGACUUCAUUGCAGGCCGUGUGUCACCUGACCACGAAAUUCUCUGGGCGUCGCACAUAGCGGGCAGAGAGCACGGCAUGCACGAGAAAACGCUGUCCUGUGGUAUGGUCUCUUCAAAUUUCCUGUACCAGCGUUAAAGAGCAAACGUUAAGCAGGAGAUCUCUCGUUUUCCCUUAAGUUAUCAAGGUUUUGUUUAACAAGUUUUAAAAUGGAUUUUUUACAGGUAUUUAACAGUGAGCCCUAAAAAGUGUUUGUUAACCUUGCUGUUUGUAUUCUCCUUUUUAUUUUAGUGUUCUUGUAUUUCAGUUCUGGAGCUUCAGUGUAUUUGUUUUGGGGGUUUUUGUUUUGUUUUUUCUUUUGUUUGUAUAAAAUGGUUCCCACCCCAUAAAUUGCAUAAAACUCAUAAUGCUUGCUUUUUCUUCCAUAGUCCAUAGAGAACUUCAAAUGGUACACCUCAGUCCUUUUCCUUAAGACAUAGAUGAUAAAGAUCAUAUGUAAGCCAUUCUGAUGAAGCCAUAAAAAGCUAGCAUGCAAGUCGUCAUCCAGGUGUCACUGUUUGGAAAUCGCAUUAAAUUUGAUGAGACACUUGGUGAGAUUGUCCACUAGCUCAGUGGAGCUAAAUGUUUUGCUGGCUAUAGACACGCUUUUAGUAACCUUGUUGUACAUAUGAUCUUUAGUCUGGAAUGGUGAUCUUAAUAGCUUAAAGUCAACAGCUCACGAAGUUAAACUGAAACAUGGAGGUGGUCAUUUUUCAGUGAGAUUCUAGCCCUGUCGAAAUAGUUAACGUCUCAUCUCGUCUCUUGUAGGUGGGCAGGCUGAGCGUUCGUACCCUGGAGGCAGCUCAUGGAUACCCUCUUCUUCUUAAUCAAACAACGUCUUGAUUUUAAAAUACUUUUGGUUCAUCGUCCUCUGAUAAAAACAUUCACAGCCAGACCUUGUAAAUAUUGUUUCCAAGUUUCUUAUCCAGUGCUUUGUUAAACUAGAUCCUAAAAAUGUUGUGACGUGUAGGUAGAGCCUGAUUUGGAAAGUGUCCUUUUUGUCUUUUUUUUUUUUUUUUUUUCAUUUUUGAGUAAAUGGAGAUUAAAAAUAAAGUUGGGGUACAAAAGCA